AUGGCGCAAUGGUCUUACGACUUCUGCCUCUCCUGCGACCGCCAGAUUGCGGAGAACUGUGCCUACUGUAGCCAGGCCUGCCGGCUCGCCGACUUGGAGAAGGCUGGCAGCACACAAGCACAAGCGCCCUCGCAGCUGUCAUCAUCUGCUUCCUCUUCGUCGUCAUCAUCGUCGUCGUCGAACAAUGGCUUCUAUCUCCCGCCAGCCGUCAACUUCUCAGCAUACAAGGCAGCCCCAAGCUCACGAGGAUCUGACAUGGCCCCUCCCAGCCCGUAUCACUACUACCCAACUGCAAACGGUACCUACUUUGCACCCACAGCAGCAACAACAAGGCAAUCACCACAACGUAUCCUCACGCCAUCUUCAUCACGAUCAUCACUUGCCUCUGCUGCCUCUCAGACCCAAACAGGCAUCUCGCAACAAGCGGCUACACAGCUGAACAGCUACAUGCGCUCAUUCGAUCAAACCCGAGACUUGAAGAGGCGGUGCACGCAAUACUAG